UUACAAAAGAAUUCUGAACGACCUUAAUUAGUUGUAAACAAAUAUGGCUGCUGUGGAAGUGGUGUUUCUUUCAAAAUUGGAAAAUAUUCAACAUUUACCUGAGUUUGUUCAUCAUUGUAUAAACACAAUAACAAAUAAUUCAAAAGUUUCAACAAUUGAGAGUGGGGGUGGCUCCAUCGAGUGGAGAGAGGACGAAGCUCAACGCGUUCGAAGUUUUAUUCAGAAUUUAUACAGAGAAGGAAUUUUGAACGGUAAACUUUCGUUGCCCAGAUCGCUACCAGAUGGCGCAAGGGCAGUAAUAGAAAAUAUUUUUGAAUUACGGCGCAAAGAUAUUUCGAAUGCCGUUAUUAAAGAAAAUUUAGCGAAAAACGGUGAGCAAGUCGUCGAAAACUAUGAUUGGAAAUUAAAAUGGAUAAUGGGGUCUUCAGAAUUAGCUUCCAUUCGUGAACCAGUAUGUCAAGUUGACUUUCAUUGCUUAACAAAAGAUGACAAAGAAGCGAUUGUGAGGAAAACAAUAAACUUUGAGAUGAACUUAGAAAAAAUAGACAACCUGAUCAGUGUUUUAAAGAGUAUGAACGAAGAAUUAAAUGAAAGAUAAAUUUUUUUGUAUUUUAUUUAAUGCCUUAAUUUUAUUUUUGUUAAAUUUAUAGUAUAUAUUAAAUUGAAAUAUGUUAUACAGUCAAAUUAAACAAUUGCGUAGUUUUCUAAAAUAUUUUGACAGCUUUACAUCAUGUUUAUAUCACAUUUAUAUCAAUUAAAAUUUGCUUAAUCUAUUCUAAUUAAUUUAAUCUUUUUUAUAGGAAUAGUUUAUUAGUUAUUUAUAACACUAAAUAAUAAAAAUGUGACUCAAUAUGGUUUAAUCAACAGUUUUGUAAAUAAUAAAGUAUAGCAAUUUG